AUGGUCCUGCAGCGGCUUGUCGUUUGGUCGCUUUGUUUGGCUACGGUGGCGGCGAUUCCAAUUGACAACGGGGUUGAAGGAGACCCCGAAAUUGAAUGUGGCCCAACUUCGAUCACUGUUAACUUCAACACCAGAAACCCCUUCGAAGGCCAUAUCUACGUCAAGGGCCUCUUCUCCGAUCCAGAAUGCCGACGUGAAGAAACCGGAGGACGAUCGGUAGCCGGCAUCGAACUCCCCUUCGACACCUGCAACGUCCAGCGAACGCGCAGCUUGAACCCUCGCGGGAUUUUCGUGACGACCACCGUCGUCGUGUCCUUCCACCCUCAAUUCAUCACAAAGGUCGAUCGCAUGUACAAGCUGCAGUGCUUCUACAUGGAGGCUGACAAGACUGUGUCUGCCGAGCUGUCCGUCUCGGACCUGACUACCGUGGGGGUGGAGACGACCAUUGUCCCGAUGCCAAUCUGCCGGUAUGAGCUACAUGAGGGAGGUCCCGAUGGCCCACUGAUCAAGUUCGGAUUCGUUGGUCAGCAGAUCUACCACCGCUGGGUGUGCGACACUGAGACACAAGACACCUAUUGCAUGGUGGUCAACAGCUGUACCGUUGAUGACGGCCAGGGAGAGAAGAUCAAAAUUUUGGACGAGAAGGGCUGCGCUUUGGACAAAUUCGUCCUCAACAACCUUGAAUACCCCACAGAUCUCUCGGCCGGUCAAGAAGCUCACAUCUACAAGUUUGCCGAUCGACCGGAUUUGUUCUACCAAUGUCAGAUCGCCAUCACGAUCAAGGAGCCAAACGCUGAGUGCGCCAGACCCGAAUGUGCCGAACCCGAAGGCUUUAACACUAUCCGACUCUCCGGCGAGGUAGCCCCCGGCGCUCCCAACCCGCCCCAUGGAGUUGAAGCUCAGGGAGCCGAGGAGGCACCGGAAGCUCCUGAAGCCGCUGAGACGCCCGAGAGCCGAAGGAGGAGGGGAAAGAGGGAGGUUGGAUUCGAUCAGAGCAAUGUUAUGGACGUCAGGGCUGAGAUGUCAGCUAUUAAUAUUAUGGAUGAGGAUGAAGCCAAAAACAUCCAAGAGAGCAUCCGAAAGCGAGAAGCCGAUGGUCAAAUGGCGCCGUCUGGCCACCAGAUCGUCUACCGUACCCUGGGAGGCGAUGGAGCCUGCGUAUCCCCAAUGUCCAUCGCACUACUCGUUUUCUGCGGGUUUUCCCUGCUCGGAACGUUUAUGGCCAUCAAGCUGGCGUCGGCUAGAUCAAAGUUUGACAAGGAA